AUGGAGUUCAUUAAGAGUGGCUGGAAGACGGUCGUCGGCGCUCCAACUGACGGCGACGAUGACAGCAAUCAGCAGCAAAAUGUCGCCGAAACGGUGGAGAAGCUCGUGGAGAGGGUAGAAACGUCGACGCUACUUGAAGACCGUCGCGAUGCCUGCCGGGCGAUUCGCUCUCUUUCCAAGACAUAUCGCCUUGAAGUCGGUGCUCAAGCGAUGGACGCUCUGAUGUUUGUCCUGCAAAAUGACUCGAGUGACAGUGAAAUAGUCACCUACGCUUUGGACUCCUUGCUCAACGUCAUCGGCAACGAAGACGGCCCAGAAGGUGCGCCACUCAGCCCCGGCAGUCUUGAUCUGUGCGUGCAAUUCACCGAAAUCUUCAUCAAGCGAAAGGAAAAUGUUCAGCUUGUCCUUGAUCUUCUGCCGGAGUUUGAUUUCAAAAUUCGCUUUCCGUCAAUCAAACUGCUUCAUGCACUGUUGAAGAAUAAGCUUCGAGAGUGUCAGGACUGCAUUCUUACACAUCCAAUGGGCAUCUCCCGAAUGAUGGACCUUCUUCUCGAUCCUCGAGAAGUCAUUCGAAACGAUGCACUGCUAUUGUUGGUGUUUCUAACUAAAAGCAACGCAAACAUUCAGAAGAUUGUCGCUUUUGAGAAUGCAUUUGACCGCAUUCUGGAAAUCGUCUCAAAUGAAGGCUACAGUGAUGGCGGAGUUGUCGUAGAGGACUGCCUAUCUAUUUUACUCAACCUUCUCAAGAUGAACACCUCUAAUCAGAAUUACUUCAAAGAGGGAAACUACAUUCAGCGGUUACUACCCUUCUUCGACAUUCCAUUCGACGUUACUUGGAAUCCUCAAAAAAUCAGCAAUAUUCUUCUAAUGUUUAAAGUCAUUCGCGGUCUCGUUUCACCGAGCAAUCCACUACAAGUGACUAAUUCCUGUCAAAAAGUGAUGAACCAAAGUGGAGUCCUCCAGAAGCUGUGCACCAUUCUCCUGUCGAAUGGAAUUCCGGCUGAAAUUCUUACAGAGACAAUAAACUGCGUCGCCGAGGUGAUUCGAGGAAAUCAACAAAAUCAAGAGUAUUUCAGUCGCGUGAAUGCGCCCAUUGAGCCACCAAGACCGGUGAUUGUCAUUCUGCUAAUGUCGAUGAUCAACGAGAAGCAGCCGUUCGAGUUGAGAUGUGCCGUACUGUACUGCUUUCAGUCCUUUCUCUACAAAAACGAGCUCGGUCAAGCGCAAAUAGUGGAGACACUUUUGCCCUCAACUAGCGAUGCCAUACUCGACGUGUCUGCUGGCCAGCUGCUGUGCAGUGGCUUCUUCAGCAACGACAUUCUUUCCAACUGGUUCGUCGCUGUGGCGCUAUCGCACACCCUAGUGCACAACGUCACCCAGAAGGAGCAACUGCUGAGAGUGCAGCUGGCCACUGAUGGCAACAACCCGCCCACCUCGCUCUUGGCCUUCUGCUCGAGUCAGCUGCAGAAGGGCGGCCACCACCAGCGCCGCAUCAGUCUGCUGAUGCUGCUCGCCAUGUGGCUCUCCAACUCAGCCGUGGCAGUGUCCAACUUUCUCUCCAUUCCAACGAACAUUCCCUAUCUGACGUCGCAGGUGGGCCUGGUCGAGGGUGACGAUGUGGAGGUGCUGCUGCAAGGGCUCUGCGCCUUCCUCCUUGGCAUUUGCAUCUGCUACAAUGACAACUCUGUUCCCAGUUUUACCAAGGAUGACUUGUGCAAGCUCAUUCAAAAUCGAAUUGGCGUCGACGUUUUCACCGAAAAGCUGGCGUCCAUUGCAAAGAAUGAAAAGUACAGCCACGCACUGCAGAAGCCCUAUCUGGAUCACUUUGUGAAGAACAAUGACAUCAUCUUUGACUUUGAGUUUUGCAAUCUCUUUAAGCUUCAGGAGGCGAACAUACUGAAAGUUGUUCACCCUUCCAGCGACAGUGGCCAUGGCGGUCCAGAGUCCAACCUUACCAGUGAAGACCACAAGUUGCUGGUGCAGUACAAGGAACUGAUUCGCGAGCAGGACAUUCAGCUGGUGUCAAUGCGUAAGCACCUGGUCUCCCUGCAGACGGAAAAUGACUCUAUGAAGGCUCAAUUGGUCGAGCGACAGUCUGUUGAGCAGCAACUUCGUGAUCAGAUUGCCCUGCUUAAGACUCAUCAACUAAAUUCUAUGCGUCUCGGUGAGCCUUCUGGUUCGCUGGCAGGCGUCGGCAAUCAAAGCGUCAACGGUGAGACGCAGUCUGUGGCCUCAGUGGACGCUGCACAGUACGACUAUCUAAUCAAUGAGAACCGCCGAUUGCUGGGCAUCAUUGACCAGUACAAAUACUGGGAGAGCACCUACGCUGCUGCCUAUGCUAAUGCGACUGCAGCUGCUGCUGCGGCCAACAACAACACCAACAACAAUAGCACCAGUGCCCAGGAAGUAGCAGGCACUGUUAAUGGAGGAGGGCUGCCCAACGGAAUCGACGGCCAAUUUCCGGAGCAACAUCCUGCUUGUGCUGGUGGGCAAACACAGACUGCUGGAGUGCAGUGCGCAGCGGAAACUGUGAACUCUGGUGAAGAGGUGACUCGACUGCGAAGUGAAUUGGAGAACAUUCGCAAAGAGCACGAUGACCUGACCAGUGUGCUCGCCGAUCAGAACAUGAAGAUGCAGCAGUAUGAGCAGCAGCUCAAGGAUGAUUCGGCUCAACGUGUAAGUAGAUGUCGAGUUUAG